AUGUGCCACAAAACCUUGAAGAAAACAGAAAGGGAAGUAGGAAAGGCAUUAGAAGAAGUGGCCAAAAAGAGUUGUGACGAUAUGGCUGCAGCCGAGAAGGAAUCAUCAAGUACACCUAAUGAGCUGUCUGUAUCAUUUGAUGGCGGGUGGCAGAAAAGAGGAUCAGGUCGAUCCUAUUCCAGUUUGUCAGGUCAUGCUGCAAUGAUCGGAAAUGAAACGGGGAAAGUUGUCAAUUUUGCAACUCGCAACAGCUAUUGUAGAGUAUGCGACAACUCUGAAAAAUCUGGAAAGGAUCUACCCAUCCAUGACUGUCGAAAGAACUGGUCCAAAAGUGCAAAAGCCAUGGGACCAGAUAUGUGCAUACAGAUGUUGCAAGAACUUGGCCAAAAUGAUGUGAAUGUCAGCACUGUUAUCAUGAACAAUGAUUCAACAACUGUUGCAAGAGCACGCCUGGAGGUAAACCCAGCCCUAAAGAAACAGAGUGAUAAAAACCAUACAAUGAAACAAUUUACUAAUAAAUUAUAUGACUUGAAGAAGGGCAAGAACUACAAAGAACUAAAUACCAAAACCAUAAAUCAUAUCAGCAAGUGUUUCAAAUACUGCAUCAGUCAAAAUCAAGAAGAUUUGAGCAGUCUGAAGAAAAAUCUGGAGGCCAUAACACCACAUGUCUAUGGAGACCACAGGCUAUGUGAUACCUGGUGUGGAUUUCUCUCUUCACCUGAAACCUACAAGCCACAGCAACUUCCAUAUCAUCGCUACCUAUCUAACCAGCACUUGAAAUCUGAUCUAUCUCUCCUUGGAUUCUACAUUUCACAGGGUGAAAAAUUAAUCAACUUAGGAAUCACUAGUUCCAGUGCAAAGAAAACAGAUUUGAAAAGGAAACGAGACAAGGAAAGAGAAGAUACACCAGCUUACAAGAAGAACAGGGCAAUGAAGAAAAUAGAUUCCCAGAAGUCACAAGUCAUCAGAGAUUAG